UCUCUCUCUCUCUCUCUCUCUCUUUCUCUCUCUCUUUACUGCAGAUCCUUACGAACGAUAAUGACUAGGCGAACUUUUAUAUAAGCAUUACGAUAUGCUCAAGGUAUACGUAGAAAUAACUUGUACCUGCGACAAGUUAUAUCUCGAAAACGUUCGAUCGGAAUACUUUUUGUAAGAAGAAAACGCGUUAUUUUUUUGUCUUCCUUUUUCUUAGUUUAUUUUCUUUUUCUGUUUUGUUCUUUCUAUAAGUGAAGAUAAUAGGUUUUAUUAUCCUAGUGAAAUAUUCAACAGUGAUACUACACGAUCAUGUUAACAAUAAAUAAUGUUUGUCAACAUUAUCUCAAACCUCGACUACCGAUUUGUACAUGGUUACCACAAUAUAAAUUGACAUGGUUAAUUCACGAUGCGCUCGCUGGUUUAACUGUAGGUCUUACAGCAAUACCUCAAGGAAUCGCUUAUGCCAUCGUUGCUGGACUAAGUCCCGAGUAUGGUUUGUACGCUGGUUUCAUGGCUUCCUUCGUCUAUAUCAUUUUUGGAUCUUGCAAGAACAUAACUAUAGGGACGACAGCUAUUAUGGCAACUAUGGUACAAUCAUUUGUAUUGAAUUAUGGCCCGAACAUGGCGAUAUUGCUAGCAUUUUUAAAAGGAUGUAUCAUAAUGCUGUCAGGCAUACUUCACUUGGGUUUCCUUUUGGACUUCAUCUCUCUUCCCGUUAUAACUGGGUUUACUUCUGCCGCUGCAAUUAACAUUGCCUCGUCGCAAUUUAAACAACUUUUUGGUAUACCAGGAAGAACCGAGAGCUUUCUAGAUUCCGUUGAGCAGGUCUUCUCGAAUUUAAACGCGAUCAGGUAUCAGGACACGAUCUUGGGUAUUUGCACGAUCAUCGUUUUAGCUAUUUUCAAGAAACUACCUGGGAAACGAGAUGGUACUUGGUUGCAAAAAGUUUUAUGGAUUUUAAUUUCGGCAAGAAAUGCAGUUGUCGUUGUCGCAGGAACCAUUAUAGCUUACGUAUUUCAUUAUAAUGGAUAUGAAAUAUUCAAACUCACAGGAUCAAUGGGUAAAGGUUUACCACCGUUCAAGCUACCACCUUUUUCAACGACAUUCAAAAAUAAAACAUAUGAUUUUGUGGAAAUGAUAACGAUUAUGGGAUCGACGAUCAUUUCCAUUUCUAUUGUCUCUACUAUAGAACAUAUAGCAAUUGCCAAGGUCUUUGCAAAAGGAAAAUCUCUGGAUGCGACUCAAGAGAUGUUUGCUCUUGGAAUCAGUAAUAUCUUAGGAUCUUUCGUAUCAUCGAUGCCAAUUACAGGAUCCUUCACGAGAACAGCUAUCAAUCAUGCGUCAGGUGUAAAGACACCUCUUGGCGGUCUAUUCACAGGUUGUCUCGUCCUGCUUGCUGCAGGAUUCUUGACAAAUACCUUCCGUUAUAUUCCUAAGGCUACUUUGGCUGGUGUUAUAAUAUUUGCCAUGUACUACCUACUCGAUUUUAAUACUUAUUUAUUAAUAUGGCGUGCGAAAAAGGUAGAUUUUGUUGUCAUGAUAGUGACAUUCCUGUCAUGUAUUUUCCUUGGCCUUGAAUUAGGAAUAGCCAUUGGUAUAGUUUCUAACUUAGUGACAUUAUUAUACUUUUCGGCAAAGCCAUCCUUCGAAACGAGGAUCGAACAGAACGGCGAUCAUCGAAUAAUAUAUAUAAUCCCCGAAGAAGCUAUUGCUUUCCCAGCAGCGGAACAUCUGCGUGCCAACAUAAUGAAACUUUCCGAAAAAAAUGAUUGCAAUGUUGUACUGGACUUAAAGAAUCUUAAGAGAAUUGAUGUUACUGUUGCAAAGAAUAUAAAAUUAUUGGCGAACGAUUUUUCGUUACGCGGACAAGAAAUAAUCUACAUUAAUUCUUGCAAAAACAUCGAGAAUGUUUUGAAAACGAUUGCACCGGAAUUACAGACUGAAUUUCGAGGAACUAUCAUUGCUGAUAUGAAUGGUUGAUAGCAAUAAAAGCGAGAAGAACAAAGGAGGAACAAGAGAGGACAAGAACUGAUCAUCAAUCGAGUUUGAAAGAUUAUUUGCAAAAAGACACGAGUGAAAUGAUCGAAUAUAAUAUUUGUGUUUUCUAUUAAUAUCAAGUUUUAUCUUGAGAAUCAAAAACGACGCGAUGUAAACGACGGAUCAUCGACAUUUUUCUCUAUGCGUUCUUAUUGUCUAAUCGUCACAGUGAUUAUUAAUUUUUUAGAAAAUAUAUUAGUGAAAGAUUUUUGAUGAUUCGUUUGGCGCGAAUUAAAAUGUAUUAACCAAGGUCGAUUCUGAGUAAACACUAUUUAAGUAAUAGAAUUAAAAUAAGUGCGUAUGAAA